AUGGCCUUGCCUGUCAAUGGCUACACGGACGUCACGUCACAGGGCAAAGGUGUUUUUGGAAUUCUGGACACGGGAGCAAGCAGUGUUGUGGUGGGACACCAAACCAUGCUCACAGUCCUCACCUAUUUGCAAACUCAUGGUGUUGACAUUGUCUGCAUUGAGUUUCGCCCCGCCAACAAGUUGUUUCAAUUUGGAGGAGACCAUACUGGACAUGCUGCUUGGUCAAUUCACUUGCCGGUGAUCAUUGACAACAAGUCCGGAAGAAUCCAAGUUUUCAUCGUUGAUGGAAGCACACCCUUCUUGGUUGGCAGGCCAAUUUUGGCCCACUUUGGCAUUAAGAUUGACUACCAGAAGGACACCCUGUCCUACAAUGAUGGACCUUGGCAUGACGCGCAACGAGGUUCAAAAGGAGAAUACAUGAUGCCCAUGUUCAUUGAUGGACAAGAAUGGUCAACCCAACUAUGGCACUUCGACCUCAUGACCGACGACACCAUUGAGAAUGUCCCCGACCUUCGUGACGGCACAGUUGAUUUUCAGAGCUAUCUGGAACAGACAGGUCGCUCUCCGGGUGAAGUGUUCCUUCAUGCUGAUGACGAGGACAUCAUUGAUGUGUCUGGUCAAGACAUGAACUAUGAUGAAGAUCCCGGAGCUAUCUACAAGCCUGUUGGCCUGAAGUUGAUGAAAAGCAUCCAAAACCAGCAACAAUAUCAACUGGCACAACAGAAGCAUAUGAUUCAUCAGGCUCUGGCCGUCUAUGAGAAGGGACAACUUCAAAAACCAUGGCAACAUGAAGUGCUUCAAGCUGAACGUGAUGUUGAAGAGAACACGCACCUUCGCUUUUCAAAGAAAGUAUACUGCAACCAGCUCAAGCGCAAGGACCAUGCCAUCUUGGAGUCGCCCAAACCUGCUGAUAGCUGGAAGACAAGAACCUUCAAAAGCAUGGACGAACAGUGGUACAAGGGACAUUUGGAUCAAUGUGCUGUUGGAGCUCGACUACCUGAUCAUGAUGGCCAAUGGCUGCCAAUCAAGAAGCCGACUACCCUGGCCGCGUCGGAUCCUAAGCUGGCUGAGCUGAUCACCGCCAUUUGUCCUGGCUGUCCAUGUCAUCUUCCACUGGAAGGUAGCUCUCCGAUGAUUGGCAAUCGUGCUUUAGCUGCAGCAGUGUAUCAGCCCUCCAUGUGUCAACACUUGGCUCGAGCAAUCCACCACUUCUUGAUGGAUGAGAUCUAUGUUGGAGAAGAAAUUGAGCCUGAACAACAAGAACAACAAUACCGAGGUAUUAUGAAGCGACUCAUUCCCAAGAAUGCCUCCGAAGUCGCUCCACAAGAAGGUCUACCUCCUGAACCUCAUGGUCUCAAGAGAUCAUUGACCACUCACGAUAGCGACGCCAGUGAUGAAGCAGACAACAACUCUGAGUACACUCCCACGGAAGCACCUGAAGAACCUGGACCUGCUAAAGUACCACGGAUUGGAGCUGAAGAACUACCUUCUUCAUCUUUGCCAAUGCCCUUGGAGCAUGAGAGAAAGGAAGGUGACCCUUCGGGGGAUGUUUUGCCAGAAGCUGAAAAGCUUGUGAAAAAGGAAGGUGACCCCACGGGGGAAAUCGAUGAAAGUUAUAAAGAGAAGGUUGGUGAAACGUUUGCUGAAAAGGCCAAGCGCUUCAGUCAACAAGAGACCAUUUCCUUUGGUCCCUCCAGAUCAAAAGCUUCAACGGAGUCAAGAUCAACUCCCUACGGCAACAAGCCUCUCAGUGAUGACUCUGCACUCACCACGCAGGAGAUCAGCGUCGAUCUUUUGAAGGAAUGUCAACUUCCCAGUGGUUGGCAUUGUGAAGAUGGGUUUGUGGUCAUGGAAGAAGUGCACGAUAUGUGGGAACUUCGUGGCAAUCACCUCAUCUUGAACCACUUCCUGCCACGAGUUGGAACAUACACUCCGACCACAGAAGAUUGUCCCAUCAAGCAGGAGUACCUGACCAAAGAUCGUGACUCGUAUGAUGGAUCACAACAUCAUCAUGAUCGCUGGAAGAAGAAAGGCACCACCUCCACUGGUGUCUGGACAGGUCAGACUCGCUUCAAGAUCAAUGCUUGUGAUCGAAAGGCUGCGCAUGAACAGUUUUAUGCUGUUUCACAGGGUCAGAAGACCAUGGCAAAGAAGGAUGAGAUCCAAGCAGCCUGUGGCGCGGACAAGCGCACGGCAAUAGAAACUUUGGUUUGUCAGGACAAACUUCGUGCCUGCCGAGCUUCAGUGAAAUGGGUGAGUUCGGAGAUGCAGUUCGCAGACAGCCUCACGAAGGCUGACAGUUCUCAACUGCUUGCAGACCGCUUGAGAACACAUGUCACCAAGAUCACCUCCGACGAAGGCUUUCAAGCGGCAAAGAAAAAGGAUGCCCACACGCGAAAGAAGAACACAGAGAUGUUUGCAGUGAAGCGUCUGCUGAAGAGAGAAGAUGACCCUGACAUCGAUGACAACGAAACCGUUGUGGACGACAACCUGACGGACUCAGGCACACAGACUGAGGAAAACAAUGUCUCGGAUGCUUCCACUAUGACAGAGUGGGACCUUCCUCAUUUUGAGGCUCGCUUCCGAGAGUGCUACCGUCAGCUCACGGACUUGCAGGUGAACAACCACAUCCUCCACGAGGAGCAUCAAGCUCUCAUGGAAGAGCAUGAGGUGACAGUGAAUGAUCGAGAAGCGCUCAUCGAGGCCUUCAACCAGUUGAAAGAAAACUUUGAAACUGUCAAGGAGCAGCGCAAUGCCAUGAAGGAUCGCUACAUCGAGAUCCAAAGGAUUUUGCACGAUGUUCAAUUUGAACGAGAACAGUUCAUCAAGGAGAGGAUCGUGACGAUCAUGGAACAGCUUGACCGACAGAGUUUCUACUUCACCAGAAGCGGCACUGUAUUCCACCGAGACCGAGCUUUUUUUGGAAUGUCGGUCCAUGCACGAGAUUCAAGAAAGGGCACCCUGUUCCCUUUGCAUCGGCGCUUUUGGCAGGACAAUGCUGCGCCAG